AUGCUGCUCGGACGCAGUAAUACUCGCGGCGCGCGAGGGCAAUCGCAAAAUCGUUCACGAGCAUCAAGAGGUCGCGGUUCGACGAGUCGAGGAGCUCUAAACUCCUCCAGCACCACAACUCCCCCAAACCCUUUCGAGAAGGAACGACUCGAGAAUGCUGCAAAACGUGAGCAGCGCGAACAGCGCGGCGGUCAAAACCGGGCGAUGACCAAUGGAAGCGGAGGCAGAGCGACCCCUCGGGGCUUGCACAGCAAUAGACAAAUGCGUUUCACAGACAAUAAACCUGUCGAGAAGGAGAAUCAGUCUCCAGCUACGACAAACCCAUUCGCAACCGCAAAUGCGACUCCUUCGGCAUUUGGUACGCCAUCCACAGCGUCUUUCAAUCCCUUCGCUUCAGCUACCAAAAAGGAGCCUCCAGCGAAUCCAUUUGGCGCGCCAUCAGCAGUCAAUAACCCGUUCGGCGCUCCUUCUCAACCAUCUACAAACUUCUUUGGCAAACCCUCAGGUCCUCUUUCUCAAAGUCCCUUGCCAAAUGGAUUUCAAAAUUCCUCGUCGAGCAUUUUUGGUGCACCCUCGAAACCGUCCUCGGUGAGUCCAUUCGACAGGACCUCUUCUAGUACGAACGGUACACAAGUCGGUUCAAACAGUCUAAAUCCUUUCUCAAGUCGACCAACCUCGAACCCAUCUGGUGGACCAUCUCCGAGCUCAUUGAGCAAUUACGCCGUUUCAACAUCCACCCCCAGUGGCGUAGUGGUAUCAAGCUCCCCCGCCCCGUCGAGUUUCGGUGCCUUUACUUCGACGACCAUGGCCAAUGGAUUCAAGCCGAGUACGAAUUCUCCAGCAGAGACAACGAUUGCAACCCCCAACGCGUCGAAUGUUGGACCUACUUCUAGCAGUGCUCUGGCUCAGAAAAUGGAUACCCUGCUGCGGAAACAAGGGAUUAAUCCGCCAGCCUGGCCUACUACAACACCUGGUGAUCCGAAGCAGAAGAGUGCUGUAGAAGCCUUUUGGCAGUCCUCCAAAGGAUACCGAAGCAAAGUCCGCGCAUCCUUAAUCAAAGCAGGCUUACUCGACGAUCCGGACAAGCCGAAGAAACUCAGCGAAGCUAUUGAUUUCAAGGGAACCUGCGAGGACAUGUGCCCAGAAUUCGAGAAGAUCACCAGGAUUAUGGAGCAUGAUGUGCAGGGCCCCGAAAAGGAAGUCGCACCGGACGGGUCUUUGUGGCCAUCACCCCAAAAGAUGGUCAAAGCAUUGGCUAGAUCCGCUGCCGGACAGGAUGCACCUUUACCAAUGGAUGUGAGAUCGCCAGCGGCGCUUCGACGAACACUUGAUUAUCUUCUUCAUACGGUCUUAGGAGAUGAUGGAAACCUUCCAGCGAUACACGGCUUUCUCUGGGAUCGAACGCGAGCCAUUCGACGAGACUUCGUCUUUCAGUCUUCAAUGAAUCCUUCAGAACUCGCUGAUCAAGUCUAUUGCCUAGAACGUAUCACGAGGUUUCAUGUCAUCGCUCUGCAUCAAAUGUCGAGUGAUGUUGUCGUGGCCGAAGACUUCUCUGAACAGCAAGAAGUCGAGCAAUUGGGAAAGGCACUUCUCUCCCUCAUUCAUGCAUAUGAAGAUUGCAACGCUCAGGGCAUAACUUGCGAAAACGAGGCCGAGUUCAGAGCCUACUACAUCUUGUUUAACAGUCACAGUACAGGAAUAUUAGAGACUGUGCAAGAUUGGGGAUGGAGAUUUUGGGGUGAGUCGGAUGAAAUCAGGAUCGCUGUUAGCCUCGUCGAGGCUAUGCAAAACACUUGGGAUACAUCUGGUCCUCUGAAGCCCCACUCAGCAACAGAUAGCUCUCAGAACUUCUACUCUCGCUUCUUUUCCAUCGUUGAAGAUAGACAGGUUUCGUACACAAUGGCGUGCUUUGCCGAAAUUCACUUCAACCAUGUCCGGAAAUCUGUUCUAAAAACAAUACUCUCCUCAUACCGCAAGCAGCGAGAUCAGACCAAGGACUGGUCGCUGACAAAUCUGAAUACUUAUCUGUGUUUCGAUGAUGAAGAGGACAUCAUACCAUUUGGAGAAGCGUACGGUUUACGAUUUGACGAAAUAGAUGGCGAAGUGUAUUUGUCAUUUGAGUUAGGGGACACGAUCGCCGACCCUUUUCCGCCAUUACACCAACGUCAUUCAUACUCUCUGGUCGAACGAAAGCGCGGUAACUACUCACUACCGGCUGUAAUUGACACAACGGUGUAUGAGGAGGGAGAGUCUGAGGCAGGUGUUGAUUUUGCUGGCGAGGACGGGGAUGAAAAGGAGCAGAAAGAGGAAGGAGAGACAGGGCUGUUUGUGAAGGAUAACAAUCCUCAAAAUGGUUCAGGUGCUUCAAUUUUCAGACCUGAGCCUGCGCCUGCCAAUGAAAACGACAAGGAGAUUGGCGGGCAAGAUCCGGCGUCAGUAGGCCCAGCCAAGUCGGUGCAAAUGCAGGAGACUAUCUCGAAGCCAACUUCUCUCUCUGUCUUUGGUAGCGCGACUGCUCCGACGACGAAGUUUGGUAGUGACUUCUUCACACAAAAGCCUACCGCAGAUACACCCUUAUCUCAGCCAGCUAAACCAGAGACUUCAGCCUUCGUAUUCGGAAAUCCAGCAACAAAGCUGACGUCGUCUGCUCCAACGCCCACAACUGCUCCAUCGGGUGGCACAACCAACAGCCCAUUCGUACCUCCCUUCUCCUUAUCUUCUCAGACUCCACCAGUUCAGUCGUCUCCGUUGGGCUCAAAGCCGCCUUUAUCUCUGGGACCUCACACUGUUCCUGCAAGUCCUAUCCCGAGCGGGAGCCCUAAAUCUCAAUUUUCCCUUGGGGAUUAUGCAGUCACUCGCCCAAGUGAAGCAUCAGCCGUCACUACACCAAAUCAGGAAGUAAUAGCAGCUCCUUCGAAAGACAACAACCCAGCUGUUCUAUCGAAAAAUAUAAGCCAGAUUCCGACGCCGCAAUAUUUAUCCAGCGGACCACCAGCUACUGCUUCUCAACAGGAACAGGUUUCAAACGCCCCACGAGUACAAGCUGAGAUACCGCAAGACACUCCGUUACCACUUGCAGUCGAGGAGAAUAAAAUUGGCCAGGCAACAUUCAGUCCAAAGCCGCCAACGCUCAUUGACCAAAAGGCGAAACUCUCUAAUUUCUCCAAUUGGUUUGUUACUGGCGACGACGGGAUCAUUGAUCAAUUUACUACAUUCGCUGUUGACCAGAUCGCUAAGAAUGCCUGGCGCAUAUUUAAGAAGGAAGAGGCAGAGCGAAUUGCCCGAGAAGCCGAUGCAUUGGCAAGACAGGAGGCGGAUGAGUUCAGAUAUCACUCUCUGGCUACUAAGUACGGUCGUAUGUGGCGGGAUGCAGCCCAUCGGAAGUGGCUGAAACGGAAAGGAAGGGAGGCAAGAAGGGCUCGACAAGAAAUGGCGGAAAGCCUACGGGCUUCCAAAGCUGCACUAUCAGCGAGUAUGGUUGAAGACUUCAGAGCUUCCACUAAGAGGCGACGGAAUAGCCUAGAGAGUUUGCUGGAUGCGACAGGAAUCUUAGAUGGGGUUCAUAAUUCGGACGAGCAAAUUCGGGCUAUUGUGCAAGAUGAGAUCCAGAAAUCUGAGGCCGAGCGCAAGCGACGAAGAUCUCGACGAGUUACCGACAGUUCAAGUACGAGUACAAAUCAACACAAGCGCGGCAGAUCAGACAAUCCUCUUCGUCGCUCUCUGCUAUCGGAUCCGUCCUAUCUGAAUGGCGGGUCAAGGAUACAUCUCAUGUCAAACUAUGGCGCUCAAGAUGAAGAACGUCGACAGGUUAGCGGAGUGCAGACUGAUUACUUUCGAUUAAAAGCCAGAGGGAUCACAACCUUGCCCAACGGAAUGCCUCUCGCAAGCUCUGUUGCGAACAACACACUGCAUAAGAAGCACUCAUUUGAUGGCAUCAAUCAGCCCCAGCCAACGACUCCAAAAUCAUCAAGGCAACAGCCUACCCCGAAAAGUGCUCCAGCCAAUAACAAACAAUACGAGGGUCCACGAAGUACUGCCAGGCGCGAGGACGAUAUUCAGAUAUUGAAGGCUAGAGCAAAAGCUCUUAUCGCUGAGGAGGAAACGUCGCGCCAAAGGGAGCGGAAACGAUCUUUUGAUGAAGGAGAUGACGAGGAACUGUUUGCAAGAGCAAAGAGGGUUAGGGAGCAGAUGGAUGAAGGUGCUCAAUGGUUCCGAAAGGAAAUAGAGAGGAGCAGAAGUAGUACAUCCGGGAUGUAG